AUUUUUUGCAUGGCUAAGGUGGGUAAGAAGAUUCCAGAAGAGUCGCUGUGAACUGAAGCCGUGGGAAGGUGUUAAACGUUGUCUUCAUAUAAGGUUUAUUCAUUAUAAACAAAGAUGGUCAAGGAAACAGGUUUUUAUGACACACUGGGUGUUAAACCAAAUGCAACCCCUGAUGAGCUGAAAAAGGCCUAUCGUAAACUAGCCUUGAAAUAUCACCCUGACAAAAAUCCAACAGAAGGAGAGAAGUUCAAGCAGAUCUCACAAGCAUAUGAGGUGUUGUCAGAUGCCAAGAAAAGAGAACUCUAUGACCGUGGGGGUGAAAAGGCUAUAAAGGAAGGAGGAACUGGUGGCGGUGGUGGCAGUUUUGCAUCGCCCAUGGAUAUCUUUGAUUUAUUUUUCGGUGGAGGCAGCCGUAUGCACAGAGAGCGAAAAGGAAAGAAUAUUGUUCAUCAGAUUACGGUGACGUUGGAGGAUCUUUAUAAUGGAGUAACGAGAAAACUUGCUUUACAGAAGAACUGCAUUUGUGAGAGAUGUGAAGGUCGUGGGAGUCGGAAAGGAGCUGGACAGAUGUGCAUGUCUUGCCAUGGCACAGGAAUGCAGGUCCGUGUACACCAGUUACUACCAGGUAUGGUACAGCAAGUGUCCACAGUAUGCCACAGCUGCCAGGGACAAGGACAGAGAAUCAGCCAGAAGGACCGUUGCAAAGGGUGUGGAGGCCGGAAGAUUCUGCGGCAGAAGAAGAUCCUGGAGGUCCAUGUUGACAAAGGAAUGAAGGACGGUCAGAAGAUUGUUUUCCAUGGUGAGGGAGACCAAGAGCCAGGACUUGAACCAGGUGAUAUCAUCGUUGUCCUGGACCAGCGUGAACAUUCACUUUUCACCAGGAAAGGAGAGGACCUGAUCAUGUCCAUGGAGUUGCAGCUUGUUGAAGCUUUGUGUGGUUUCAAGAGGCCUGUUCAGACGCUGGACAACAGAACUCUGCUUGUCACGUCUCAUCCAGGGGAACUAGUAAAGCCAGGAGACACCAAAUGUGUUAUGAAUGAAGGGAUGCCCAUGUAUCGCAGGCCGUUUGAGAAGGGACGUCUGAUUAUCCACUUUACGGUUGUGUUUCCGCCAGCUAAUUUUCUCCCCAAGAACAAGCUGAAGGAGCUGGAGCGCUACCUCCCAGCAAAGAGGGAUGCGGAGCAGCCAGACAGUAUGGAUGAGGACCUCUACAUCUAUGCUGACUUGGAGGACUGUGACUUGGAAAGCAGAAGACGACAGAGACAUCAGUACUACUAUGUGGAUGAAGACGACUAUGCCAGCACCGGCGGCGUUCGGUGCCAGACAUCCUAAAUAAAAGCUGGCCUCUGCCUAUUCCAAAACCUUAAUUUCUGAUGCAAAAGCACCUUUUUCUUUUUGGAAGUUUGUGCACUCUGUUGCUUUAGUUCAAAUUUUCUCUCAAGCUGAAUUGUAAAACUGUGUACCAAUUCCCUACUGAUUUAUUGUAAUAUUUUUGAGGGGAUGCAGCAGCGUUGAGAGGUCAGAGCUUGAUCGCCUCUGGGACCACAUUAUUACCUUCUUUCCAAUCACACUGUGAUUAACUACGAGGGCUGGCAUCACAGAGGCUUGUGAGGAAAGAAAAACUUGUCAGAUGUCCUGCUUUCAAUGCAUUUACACUAAAACUGAUGCCAAUACUGAUAUAAAAAUAACCUUAUUUUAAAUAAUUUUACUUAAUACAGUAGGUGGUUGUGAACCACUAGUUGAUCUGUUGUGUUUAAUGUCCCAAAGUUUUGGUGGAGGGGAAUGUGCUUUGAAACUUGAGUUAAAACAUUUAUGCUGGCUUACCCUCUCAAGGGCUAUAUUUUUUUUUUUUUUGUCGUUUCUAAACAAUCUUAAAUGUGACGGGAAGAUGUGAGUCUGGAGAAAAACUGAUAUAUGCAGGGAAGCAUUUAGGUUCAAGCCACUUAAUUAUGGAUCUUUCAAACUAAUAUUUAAAGUUUAGCAUUGCAACAAUUUCUGAGCGGAGGUCAGAUGUCUGAGGUGUCAUGUCAAGUAAUAAAAAUGUUUUUUGUAUAUAUAAUAAUGUCCUUUUUUAAAAAGACUUGCAGGUGUUUUACAAGCCCCAAAUGCCUUGAUGGCUCUUUUCUGUACAUCCUGGACAAUUUGAAGGUGAAUGCUGCUGUUAUGUUGCAUGAUGUCAUUACAUCUGUAAAGACACCACAAGGUUAUAAGGUGCCAACUUGUACCCAUGUUGUGUAACCCAGAGUAGGUAAUGUUUGGGAUUGUUUAUAAAAGUUUUUACAGGCUUAAUGUUCUUAAAAUUAGAGAAUUAAAUGAUUCUGUUUAUGUCUUACAACACCUAAAUCUGUAGCCUAAAUGAUAAGUCAGAGUGAGUUGCUGAUGUUGGCACACAAGCUAUUAAUCGUUUUUAACUUUGUUUUCCAUGCCAAAUGCAUCGUGGGAGGUUAUGGAAAGACUUAAAAUUGGCAAUGCUGAUUUCUCAUUGAAGUGUCUGCCUAUUUCAAAGCCUUAUCAUAACUUAAAAUAACAUCGCAGUACAUUUUGUUUGUUUUGUUUUGUUUUUUUUUCAGUGAUUAUUGCCAUGGAUAUUGUUAGAGAAAUCAACACUUUGAGUCCUUAAAUGUCAGGAGAAUUAAGCUGAAAUAACUGUUCUCAAGGUUUUUAUUUUCUUGAUCCAUGUUUGGACCAAUUAUGUUUGUGGUCAUGUUUUCUUAAUAAACGUAAUUUCAGAGUGUUUCUAA